CUGGUGCAGUACGGGUUCAACAUAGUGAGGGAGGUGUGCGUCAACUUUGAGAGUGGGCAGCAGAUUUCCCUGAGCCAGUUCAACCAGCACAUACUUGGUCCCUACCACCCUGGAGAUGUUUCCAUCGUUAUGGACGAAUGGAGAGGGUUCUCCCCACAGGACAACGGGAAGAGAGUCCUGAUCAGUGACAUCGAUACCUGCAGUGCUCAGCGAGGCUCGAUCUACCUGCGAGCAUCCAUCAAUCUCCAGCCGAGUCAAAGAAUCCACUGUGAAGCAAGUAACUACCAGAGAAUGUACCUCGGUGGAGGUCAUGACUACAUCUCUGUGAUAGUGCGAACUGAGAAGGUAAGACAGAGUGCCAAGUCUGAGGUGGAAAUGCACGAAUGUCUUCAAAAGACUCUAAGACGAUUGCAAUUGGUGCAAAAACACACAAACCUCACAUCAACGUUUCUGUCAAUGGACAUUGGCAAGUAUGGUAGUUACAGCAGUGCAAGCGAUUUCAAGGAUUUCGACUACAGCGACUUUAUUGCUGGAAUUUACGGGAGAGACACAUCAGUUGGUAUGUGGGAAAGAACAUUUGAGAAGGUUUCCUCUGCAGCUGAAGCUGGCUACGUUGCUCUGCUGCAGAAGGUUCUAGUGGCUGAAGCUCGCUGCCUCGUUAUGGUAGGCGGAGGCUCGUUUCAGAAACACGCGAUCCUCUUGCACAAGAUAUUCAGCAGAAGAAGAAAGCAGACUCCAUGUAUACACAUUGUCCAGUCCUGCUCGAAGAACCUAUGACAUCGCCCCAAAUCCCCUCUACUUAUAACACAUGUCUCUUAGAAAUUAAAGUUUAACAAAGAGCCUGACUCAGCUGCUGAAUUACCUCCAACUCCUCCUCGUUCCCUGCAC